AAGUCAAAUCAUACAGAUCCAAUUCUUUGCCUAUAUAAAAAAAAACAGAUCUAAUUAAAAAAAUGUUUUGAGAAAUAUGUAAUUAGAAUUGUUCCAUAUAAAAGUAACAGUUGGUAAAAAAAAUUAUUUGUCCUGUCAUGGAAAGGAACCUUACCACUAAACAAAUCUAGAAGAGUGACACAGAAGUGGAGAUUCCCAUGUACAUAAAUACCAACAUGUUGAAAGCACAAGAGUCAAGGCAUGAUGUCAUUGUGCCAUUUGUGAUUUGUUUGUGUUAUUAGACAAGUACUUGUCCUCAUUCGCCAUUCAAGAAGAUGAUUCAUUUUCAAAUCCUAAGAAAACAUCCAUCAUUCUUCACCUUGUAAAAUAUUCAUACAAAUUCAUAUCUUUUGUACUCUUUUUUUCUUCCUUUUGUUUGAAGGAAGUAACGUGGAAAUUCCUUCUCUUCUUCUUCCCAUGCACUUGUCUGGGUUACGAGCAUAGGAAGAAGCCAUUGCAUUGCAGAAUCACUCUCUCUGUCUCUCUGUCUCUCUGUAUGUGUGUCUGUAUUUAUCAUGAAAAAGUCAAUGACAUGUUUGGGUGGUGCCAUUGUGAUCCUAUGUUGCUGCAUAAGACAUGUCACAUCUGAUGCAUUAGAUCAUCGUUACAAAGAAGGAGAUUCAGUCCCUUUUUAUGCCAACAAGGUGGGACCCUUUCACAAUCCCAGUGAGACAUACAGAUACUAUGACCUUCCCUUUUGCUCACCAGCUAAUGUGGAAGAAAAGAAAGAAGAUCUUGGUGAAAUUUUGAAUGGGGAUCGUUUAGUUGUUGCUCCUUUUAAAUUGGAUUUCCAAAUUGAUAAAGAACCUGAGAGCUUCUGCAGAAAGAGGCUAACAAGAAAAGAGGUUGCUCAAUUCAGAUUUGCAGUCUUGAAGGACUAUUUUUACCAGAUGUACUAUGAUGACUUGCCAAUUUGGGGUUUCCUUGGAAGAUUUGACAGUGAUGACAAAGAUGAUCCAACUGUGGCUACUUCAGUAUAUCUUUUCAAGCAUGUCCACUUUGAGAUCCUGCACAAUAAAGAUCGAAUCAUCGAUGUUUUCAUUCGAAAUGAUCCGAAUGAAGUUGUGGACUUGACAGAAAAUAGAGAAGUGAAUGUGGACUUCACAUAUUCUGCUAAAUGGACUCAAACAGAUAUUCCAUUUGAGAAGAGGCUUGAGAAAUACUCACAGACGUCCUCAUUGUCAGACCACUUGGAAAUCCAUUGGUUUUCUAUCAUUAACUCAUGUGUGACUGUUAUCCUCUUGACUGGAUUCCUUGCCAUAAUUCUCAUGCGUGUGCUCAAGAAUGAUUUUGUCAAAUUUGCUCCCGAUGAGGAGGCACAUGAUGAACAGGAUGAGAGUGGAUGGAAGUAUAUUCAUGGUGAUGUGUUCAGGUACCCAAGAUACAAGUCUUUGUUUGCAGCAGCACUUGGAACAGGCUCCCAGCUAUUUACACUUGCAAUAUUCAUCUUUAUGCUAGCUCUAGUUGGUGUUUUCUAUCCAUACAACAGGGGAGCUCUGUUUACUGCACUUGUUGUCAUAUAUGCACUAACAUCUGGCAUUGCUGGCUACUCUGCAUCUUCUUUCUAUUACAUGAUUGAAGGGAAAAACUGGGUGAAAAUUUUGGUGCUAACUGGGAGCCUGUUCUCUGGACCUUUGUUCUUGACAUUCUGCUUUCUCAAUACUGUUGCACUUGCCUAUAACUCCACUGCAGCACUACCAUUUGGAACAAUUGUCGUUAUUUUCCUCAUAUGGACUCUUGUAACCUCACCUUUACUAGUAUUGGGUGGGAUUGCUGGUAAGAAUAGCCGAUCAGAGUUUCAGACUUCCUGUCACACCAACAAGUACCCCAGAGAGAUCCCACAACUACCUUGGUACCGUAGAACUCUUGCUCAAAUGGCCAUGGCAGGGUUUUUGCCAUUCAGUGCCAUUUACAUUGAACUCUUCUACAUAUUUGCUAGUGUGUGGGGUCACCAGAUUUACACCAUAUACAGCAUUUUGUUCAUUGUUUUCAUCAUCCUCUUGAUUGUCACUGCCUUCAUCACUGUAGCAUUGACAUACUUUCAGCUUGCUGCUGAGGAUCAUGAAUGGUGGUGGAGGUCUUUCCUUUGUGGUGGAUCAACCGGCUUGUUCAUAUAUGGGUACUGCAUAUAUUACUACCAUGCAAGAUCAGAUAUGUCUGGAUUCAUGCAAACCUCUUUCUUUUUUGGCUACAUGGCAUGCAUUUGCUAUGGUUUCUUUCUCAUGCUUGGAACAGUCGGUUUCCGGGCUUCUUUUAUCUUUGUUCGUCACAUAUAUUGUUCUAUCAAGUGUGAAUAGCCAAAAGCUCACUGGCAUCUACCAGAUGCUUUCUUUUCCUUGUUGUAGUGAUACAGAAAAAUGUCCUCAGUUCAUAUUGCAAAUGGUUUACCAAGAGAGGAUGAUAGGAGAAGCUGAAAAAGUUGGCAUGCUUUACACAAUUGUUGAAUCCCUGAUUUCUUUCACAACAUCAGAUAGUUAGAUAGUAUGGUAAAACAUACAUGACAGUAGAGUAAUCCACAAAAUUCAUUCCUUGGAAAUAUAGAAGAGAAACCUUUUUUGCACUUCUUUUUUCAGAUAGUUUAGGCUUUCAGCAUUGUAUUAUUUGCAACCUAAUUGGUGAAAUGAUUCAUUGGUACCUUUCUACUA